AUGAUAUGCACCAAAUUUUCACUGGAUUUUAAAGAGGGUUCACUAGAAACCAAAGGCUGGCCUCUUGCUAUCUCAAAAGCUGCUCUGAAUGCCUACACAAGGAUUCUGGCCAAGAAGUACCCCUCAUUCUGCAUCAAUGCUCUUUGUCCUGGUUAUGUUAAAACUGAUAUUAAUUGCAAUACUGGUUUUCUUACACCUGAUGAAGGUGCUGAAGCUGCAGUGAGAUUGGCACUGCUACCUGAUGGUAGUCCUUCUGGCCACUUUUUCUUCAGAAGUGAAGAGAAACCAUUUUGA